UAUACGCCCAAAGCGGAAGUGUCAAAAACAUUGCAUUGAAGCUGUACCUGUGUGGUCUACAGAUCGUGCAUAUGUGAGAGAAAGCAACUUUUUUCAUCGCCAUGACCGACAAACCACCUUCUCUGCAGGCUAGAACUACUCUCCAGCAAUGCCUUCAUGCAAGACUUCAAGUCAAACCGCCCGACGAACAAUCUGAGGCUGAGUGGGUCGAGAUUGACCGUGGAAUGGUUAUUUACAUCUGCUUUUUCAAAGGAGCAACAGAAGAUAUCAUUCCAAAGAUGGUGACCUCUCUACUAAACAUCAAACUGUGCGAAACAGACUCAGGAAAGUAUGUGUCAGUGCUGGACCUCCCUGGAAGCAUCCUCAUCAUCCCCCAGGCCACGCUGGGAGGCAAGGCCAAAGGCAAGGUAAUGCAGUACCAUGGCAAUGUGGGCAAAGAAGAUGGACAGCAGCUGUAUGCACAGUUUGUCUCCCAGUGUGAGAAGGAGAUCGCAGCCAACAGCAAAUGCAGCGAAGCUGGUGUGGUGGUUAGACAUGGGACCUACGGGAACAGACAAGUGCUUAAACUGGACACAAACGGGCCUUACACUCAUUUGAUGGAGUUCUGAAGUUGCGUCAGAGUGUUUUUGUUUUGUUUGUUUUUCUUUGUGUGUGUCAUGAGUAGGGGAGUAUGCCUGUGAAAUAUUGAAAACUCAACACAACGUUGAAAGGGAUGCUCAUGAUAUCAUGAUAAUCUACUUCAUAAUAAAAUAGUCCUGAUGAAUUGGAAAUAAAAGACAGAGCCUGUUUGACCUGUUAUCUAUGGGUCAUUCCACACUUUGGGGCCUGACCGGCACAGGUUUUAAUGCAGUGUAAUUGCCAAGUUUCAUUAAAAUCCAUGGGCCCCAAAGUCUCAGAUUUUUAGUGGAAUGGCCCCUAUGGACCAUGUGGUGCAUGUUGGACAGAUGAUUAUUUGGAGUUACAAGCAGUUAUGUCCUUUUCUAUCACUCCUAUUAGAUUACAUUCAUACCCGUUAAGCAACUUUCAUCUGCUCAACAUCUGACUGUUUUGACAGAAAUGCUCACAAAUCUGAAUCUAAACCUUUCAAAAGUGAUUACCAUGAAGAGAUACAUGGGAGGGAAAGAUAUUUUCAAAUUGUGAAAGACUGAAGCUCAUGCUGUAGCUAUGAAUAUGCUAAAGGCAAGUGGAAGGAAGACAUUUAGGCCACAUGGCGAAAAAGGAAAUCUUUGGCAAAUAAAUGUUGUAUCAUGGCCA